AUUUUUGUAGAGUAGGAUGGUAAAUCAAUUAUAUUAAAUUAAAUUUCGAAUCACAUUGUAAUUGUACCUUGAUUAUAUCACUCUAAUACAGCUGUUUCAGCAUAAAUGACUACGAAUAGCAAUGAGCUAUCGAUUCUGAUUUCCAUUUCAAACCUGCUUUAUAAGAAUACUUUUGCAAGAUAUUCAUGUGCGUGGCAGGGGAACAAAUAAUCCGCUUUGGUCUCGUCUAAACAUACCAACGAGGUGAGUACAGACAGGCUGAACAAAUAUUACUGAAUAUCGUACAUUGUUAUGCAUAACUCUACCGCGAGCAAUCGACGGGUAAAACUGAUUUGCCGCUUUACGAGAGUUUGAAGUUCAGUUAAUGGUGACAUGUUUCCAGUGAAACAUUCCAGAGUGAUGAGGAUGGUAAAGAUCGCAUGGCAAGAUCAACUGUUCGGUAAGGUGUAAGGGAGAUGUAAUGAUAACGUUUUAACGAAAAGUCAAUUCGGGUAAUCCCCGAAGGGCAUGUUUUGGACAUAGAAUGAUCCUUGAAAGACGUCCACGGAUCUGGUCAACUCAGUUCGGAUCUCUUCGAUCUCGGCACAGGUGCUGCUUGUUGAGCAUACCGGCCAAUCAAGACAAUAGGAUGGAAUUUAGUGUGCUGUUUGUUGCACUCUUUGCAUCAUUUGCUGGGUUGGUUUGUAACAACUGUUGACAGUGCUGUUUUUCGUGAAUGUGUGGAUCGCCAAAGCUGUGUACAAAUUGCUCUUUGUGGUCAGUAUUUACAUGGUGAACGAACCACCAAAGAAUUGGCCUCCUAGUGUUCGGCAAAAGGCGUUAAUGCGAUUAUGCGACACACAAAAGAGCGUCAAUGGUUCCAAGAUUUAUUACAUAUGCUGCGAGCGAGAGGAGAUCACGUGCGGUGUAUCUAGAGUACAGUUGAUCGCUUACGAACAGGAGACCAAGCCUUAUGCAUUUCCCUGGAUGGCGCUAUUGGAAUCAACUAUCAAUGAGGAGCUUCCUUGUGGAGGAAGUCUCAUUAGUGACCGCCAUGUACUUACUGCCGCACACUGUGUAAAAGGGCGUAAAAUUUUAAGCAUACGUCUUGGAGUUCACAACCUAAAUCGUGAUCAAUACUGUGAUGAACAGCGCAUUGGUUUUAAAGACAGCAACGAAGAUGAUUAUUUGUCUAACUGUGGACCACCGGCUCAGCGCAUCCCCGUUCAAUCAAUUUCCACGCACCCCAAGUACAGUCCCCGAUUGAAACGCAACGAUUUGGCAGUAUUGCGACUCCGGUAUCCUGCGGUCAUCGGUUACAGCAUUACACCGAUUUGUUUACCAUUAACGGACGAACUGAGAAUGUAUCUACCGACGGAUUCAUUUGUUACCGGCUGGGGCAUGACAGAGCAAGGGCACAGGUCAUCGAUUUUGCGUUAUGCCGUUUUACCAACUGUACCCUCCGCCCAAUGUGUAAUGCUAAUCAAAGAACUCGAUCGAAUGAUUGUUCUUGAUAAGGGACACCUUUGUACCGGUGGUAAUAACAAAACGGCACGCUGCAAUGGAGAUUCUGGCGGUCCUUUACAGUAUAUAUCGGACUCUAAUCGUUUCGUUCUGCAAGGUGUCGUAUCAUUCGGCGUGAAAACAUGUGGUACCAAAGUGGUACCGGGUGUAUUCGCGAACGUGAGUAAUUAUAUUGAUUGGAUUGUUGCAGAAGGCAAGCCACUUCCCUAGCAGACGCAUAGAAUAAAUAAACUCAUGUAACCACUGCUGUGUUGAUGCCAUUUAAAGUAAAUUCAAGUAAGGUAGAAAUGUUGUUUUGGGGUAUUAAAAAUGUACUUCAAUAUAGGACAGCGACGCCUUUACCUGGCACACUUUGUGCCAAAUGAACGCUUUCAAUUUUAAAUUGGUGCAAUGUAUUUAUACUUUUUUAUAUUAAAUCUGAUUUUGAAAAUGUUGAUUUAGGGAAAACCACUUCAAAGUUUUAUUUAGCAAAAUAAUGCUAAUUUAUUUCACAUGCUCUCGAAAGUGUCGGCAUUCAGCGGAACCGGAAAUCGCGGGCCGCGUGGUCGUCGCGAUCGUGCGCGGUCCGUUUAGUAUUUGGAACCACGGACGAUGCUCUCACGGGACUGGGCGUUCAUUUUUCCAGCUUCUCUUUGGCUCUCGCACGUACGCUUUCCUUCUGGCAAACAGUCCGCUGCGCUUCUGCUAAAAUGUUCUGUUUUGCGUUGCUGUUUGCCGCCAUAAAAUAAUGUUGAAAACUCCUUAGGUGGUGCCAGACGGAGCGUAAAUUUACAAAUUAAUGCCAAAACGUUUACGCUUCGAUAUGUUUACGUGGCUGGGUUGAGGAAAUUAAAAUCGUUUUGUGGAAGAAAAGGAUUGAACACACUAGCAAUGAUCACUAUCUAUCAAUGUAAACCACAAAUAGAACAUAUUGCGAGCCCUUCCGUUUGCAAACAGCUUUUACUCUAGGUUUUACGCUCCACGGACCUAUAAUCGUUUGACAGCAUGUAAACGGCAAGCGUAAAUGUUUUGCAUCAGUUUAUCAGGCUCUUUUUUCCAAAACCACUUGCAACGUUCUUCGUUUUGAAGCAAAACAAUGACUCGAGGUUGUAGCCCACUUUUCACAUCAUUCCUGAUUCUGAUGAAAGUGUUUCUUUAUUUGGGGCAAAAUGCUCAUGUUCUUUCGUGGAUUUAUCACGGAUUAAUCAGUUUAUCAGGCUCUUUUUUCCAAAACCACUUGCAACUCUUUUCGUUUUACAGCAAAACAAUGACACAGGAUUGUAGCCCACUUUUCACAUCAUUCCUGAUUCUGAUGAAAGUGUUUCUUUAUUUGGGGCAAAAUGCUCAUGUUCUUUCGUGGAUUAAUCACAGAUUAAUCAGUUUAUCCGGCUCUUUUUCCCAAAACCACUUGCAACGUUCUUCGUUUUGAAGCAAAACAAUGACACAGGAUUGUAGCCCACUUUUCACAUCAUUCCUGAUUCUGAUGAAAGUGUUUCUUUAUUUGGGGCAAAAUGCUCAUGUUCUUUCGUGGAUUUAUCACGGAUUAAUCAGUUUAUCAGGCUCUUUUUUCCAAAACCACUUGCAACUCUUUUCGUUUUACAGCAAAACAAUGACACAGGAUUGUA